AUGUCGAGCCCAAAAUUCGCUGGCAUGUCCGGCAAUCUCUUAAUGCGGACUGUAACCGCAUGUACUAUUAUGGGAUUAUUGCUGUUUGGCUAUGACCAGGGUGUCAUGAGCAGUAUCAUUGAUGCGAAGCCCUUCAACACUGUUUUUCCAGCAACCGACAACAAUUCAACAAUCCCAGGAUGUCUCAUCGGAGCUGUCUUCGUUCUUGGGGCCGGCAACUGGCUCGGUCGACGCUGGUCCAUUAUACUUGGCGCCACUGUGUUGACUCUUGGUGUUAUCAUACAGGUGACUGCCUAUCCUGGUCACGUUCCUCUAGCUCAGUUCAUCGUCGGUCGAGUUAUUACUGGCAUCGGCAAUGGCAUGAACACCUCAACUAUUCCUACUUAUCAGGCAGAAUGCUCAAGGACCUCCAACCGAGGUCUACUCAUCUGUAUUGAGGGUGCCACAAUUGCCUUUGGUACCCUGAUUGCUUACUGGAUUGACUUCGGGUCAUCUUAUGGUCCAGAUAAUCUCACAUGGCGUUUCCCUAUUGCGUUCCAAAUCGUCUUUGGUCUCUUGAUCAUAUUCGGGAUGUUCUUUUUGCCUGAAUCCCCGAGAUGGCUUCUCACCCGCGAGCGUUAUGAGGACGGUGAAAGGGUCAUUGCUGCCCUAAUGGAUAAGGAAACCUUUUACUACGAGGUGCAGCUUCAAAAGAACAUCAUUUUGGACUCUACCAGGGCUUCAUGCCAAGCUGGGAAAACUACGCCUCUGUCUGCCGUGUUCACUGGUGGGAAGACCCAGUACCUCCGGAGAAUGCUUCCGGGUUGUUCAUCGCAGUUCUUCCAACAAAUUGGUGGCUGUAAGCCUUCGUUGAACCAAUCUGAGUUCAUGUCCAUGAUCCUUGGAGGAGUCAAUAUGAUCGUCUAUUCCAUUUUUGCUACCAUGUCCUGGCUCCUCAUAGAAAGAGUUGGGAGGCGCAAACUCUUUUUGUGGGGUACCAUUGGCCAGUGUACCUCCAUAGUUGUUACUUUUGCCUGUUUGAUCCUAGGAACUCCAUCUGCGGCGAAAGGUGCUGCUGUGGGCCUCUUCACUUACAUUGCCAGUUUUGGUGCAACAUGGCUGCCUCUUCCGUGGUUGUAUCCUGCUGAGAUUUCGCCAAUCAAGACCAGCGCCAAGGCCAACGCGAUUUUACCUGCACAAACUGGCUGCUCAACUUUCUCAUUGUCAUGGUUAUUCCAAUCAUGA